CCACUGCUUGGGACGGUAGCUGACGUUUGUUGACAUCGACCCUGUGUGUGCACAGCUCAACCACGAUGAGAAGCUUUAUAACUUCCGUUCUUCUCGCCCUGGUCGUCAUCGCGGCUAUUACAUCUGCUGCUCCAGCGACAGGGGAGGAUGGUCACGGCGACCGCCACGUGCGUGCCACGUGUGACCUGCUGAGCGCCUUCGGCGUAGGGGACUCUCCCUGCGCCGCCCGCUGCAUCGCCAUGCGAAAAGGCUUCAGGGGCGGCUACUGCAAUAAGGGCGUCUGCCACUGCCGCAAGUAGUCCGCCGCCCUUCCAACAACAGUGCUGUC